GAAGCGAAAGUUUCUGGUGACCCGCAGAUAAUUGCGUUUCCCGGCUCGGAAAAGGAAUAAAAAAUUUAUGAGUGGGCUCGUGGUCGUGUUUAACUUAUAAACAGGACAUGUUACAGUGAAAUACGGGUCUGUCAAUACCCACGUGGGGGACAGGUGGACGGAGGGUUUACGUUUGUUUGUUUCGGUCAGUUUAAAUCACCAAUGUUUAUUUAAAGUCUAUUAGUGGCUGGACAUGCAGCAACACACAUCAAGCAUGCGGUUGACGCUGGGUGAAGUUUUUUUUUUCUUACGUGUGGCGUCUUUGUGGUAAUAACAUAUAUUGACAGAGAAUCCGAGUUCAUUUGUCGGUAGUUAUUAGACAUCUUGCGUCCCGAGGUCUCGUGCCAAGAAAAAAGUCGUAGCCACUCGGCGUAACGUAACAUUCGAUAAUUAAUAUUUAAUUUGGAAAUCAUAUAUGGAUUUUGGAAACUCGGACGAGCGAUGAACUUGAAAAGUUCGAGAUUUGGGCUUUACAAAGGCAGAAGAAGUGUUUCAGAUAAGAUACUUGAAGUUGUAAUAAUAAUCCCUUGUCCCCUUGUUGGUUAUAGGAAUUGCUAUAUUAGGUGUACUAGGAAAAAAUGAUUUUCUCGUUUUAAGGACGCACCUGAGACAUUCGAAACUCUUUCAAAUAUUCAAGCACGCUCUUGAAAAAUACGAUGACAAACGUAAGUAGCCAGUUGCGCUUAACCUGAACCCGAUGAUGGACGUAAAUGGAAACCAGUCAGACGUUUCGGCAACUGGCCGCAAUGCAGAAGCGGCAACGAACUUAACUAACUGGCAAAAUGGCACAGAAUCCGAAAUAGAAGGUUUGUCAUCAUGCGGGGUGUUGUUUAUAAUAUCUGUUAACGCGUCUUUCAUCGCAGAUAUCCCCGGGGAAUGGAUGGUCCUGCUCGGUUUGGUGGUGGGCGUCUUUAUAGUAGUGUUGGGGUUUUUCGGGAAUGGCGUAACAAUCGCAGCUUAUCACAGAAACAGAAAACUACAAACUUCGUUUAAUCAUCUCAUUACAAAUCUAUGCGCAGUGGAUCUCACAUUCUCAGUCGUGGCCCUCCCGCUGAUUUUGCCUCUGAUUUCGGCCCACAGGGAUAUAUACCCACGGGAGGUUUGCACUUUUGUGGCGUUCGUUUACUACAGCUUAAUGUCGUCAUCAGUAAUCAACCUGGUGUGCAUUGCCAUCAACCGAUAUAUUGGUAUAGUUCAUUCGUCCAGAUACAGAGUCCUAUUUGCUAAAGACAUGAUUAAAUGGUGGCUGCUUGGGAUCUGGCUUUCAGCGCCGGCGUUGUAUCUUCCCUUCGUAUUAACCGAUACGUUCGUCUGGAGGUCUUCCAGCUACAGAUGCGCGUUAUCAACAAGCCACUUCGGCUCCAAAGUGCUCAAACUUUAUCAAAUAGUCAUCAACGUUGUUCUACAGUUCGUGCCCACAGUUGCCCUUAUUGGACUUUACAGGGCGAUUUUAUGUAAGGUGAAGAAAUGCCGAAGAACAGUGGAAAAGUACCCGGCACCAGUAUCUGCAUCGCCCUCUUGCGUGGAAAAAGACGAAAAUACCCGAGCCGCUAUGCGUCGUCGUGGCAGUAUGACACACGCCCCCGUUUAUGGCAGUCACAACCAAAUCUGCAGUAGUCCAGUGGAACAAAAUAACGCAGUUUGCAUGAACUACCUGCAAGUGCCUUUGAGUCAACAAGGUUCGCUAAGUGGUCGACGGAACAGUCUAAACUUUGAUCGAGGUGGACGGCGUUUGUCAUCGCCCUCCUCAAAGGUCCCCAUUGUCACCCAGUCGUCUCCCGAUCUUUUAUCAGAUGACGAAAGCAAGCACAGCAUGGGUAGCAUACGAAGCGAAACGGAAACUAUUCGACGUAAAAGCUGGGGAGACGAACCACACUCGGGUCAGGACGAAAACUUCAGUUACUCUAGCGAAGCAAGAAGAUUAUCAUUUCGGUCCUCCAGAGGAAUUACCAUUUUAUCCACGAUUGAAUCGGAACCAAACUCCAAGUCAGAACCAACCGAUGACGUCACACUUGAAAUCGCUCGUGACGUCAUGAAACGAAAGACUUCCCGGCAAGGAUCGUCGGAGAAAGACGGAUCAAAAACAUCGGAGUCAUCAAAUAAAGAAGUGGCACAUGAGAAUAUGAACGAGAUGGAUGAAAACACGAAGCUGAAUCUUUCCCAACUCAUUCCGAAGCUAAAGUUGGCUUGUUCAAAUAAUCAGGUCCGGAGGCAGCCAUCCAUAAUACAAGAGUCCCCGGAAGAGGAGGAGAGGGAAGAGCAAGAAGAAAAAGCGGAGAAGAGGAGACUCGUAAGGCAAGUUUCAGUAAUAAAAAAGGAAUGUAACGACUCCGAGUGCAACGUUAGUACCUCAAAGGAUGUGAGAUGUAUUGAAACAACACUUGAGGUGCCUGAAGAGGACGAACUAGUCAAACCUGAUAUUUUAUCACUGGAAACAAACAAUGAUAAUAAUCUGGAAGCAACUGAAGGCAAAAUACUUGAAGAAGAGAGAAAAAAAGAUGAAGCAGGUGCGAAAUGUGAAACAUGCACCCUAAAGAGUGGUGUCGCCAUUGGAAACAACGUUACAUCACCACAAAAACGGGCCACCAAUAUCAAAAGAAUUGUAAUACCCGUCUCUAAACGAAAAGCCACUCGGACGGUAAGCAAUGUAGAAAGGAAUAAGACCAGCAGGGUAGAGUUCCAGAAACGAAGGGCGAAAUCUGAUACUUGGUUGAAUCCAAGACAGUCGUGGAAGAGGUAUUGCUCUCAGCAUAAAGUUAAACAAGACAUUGAGAUUGUUAUUGAACAUGUAACAACUGAUGAUGCAAACCCACAGUACUGUUCGGAACCUAAUGCAAAUAAUAAUACCGCAUCACCAAAGAAAAUAGAAGAAACUAACGUUUCGGAUGCGGUAAAGAAACAAGAUUGCUGCAAAUGUUUUCUGAAUAAAAUACUUCGAAACAGUAAGAGAAGGAAAAGUAAAGAUGCCGACGAACAGUUUGUGGAACCAAAUAUAUCACCAAAGAAUGUUAAAGAAACAGACAACUUUCCAGUCACGCCUGAACCUAUGAAACGAGACAGUAGCAACACACAAAGAGUAGAUACGACUGAUUUCUUAAAGGUAGAAAGCCCAACGUCGCCCACUGGCGGCUACAAGUCCGGUUUUCCGCGACUUGCUGAAAGUAAAGUCGUGCCUGAAACAAGUGAGGUGUUUACUGAAGAUCGUUUCUCAUCUGUGCAUAGCCGGCUGUACAGGUAUUCAUAUGCAGCAGAAGAGUCUUGUUUGUCAAGGCAGGGUUCGUUUUCAAGCUGCGUACAAGGCCACACUACAAGAAGAAUGGGAUUGGAAAGAGUUGCUUCAAGGGAACUGAUGAACGGGUCGAAUGGGAAAGAUAGCGGAAAGGGUCGAAGUCUUCAACGUAAUAGAACCCUGUAUUUUAGUCGAAAGAAAUCGCUGCUUUCGUCCAUUCACAGCAACUGCUCAAACGAAAGUCGACGUCGGCGCAGACGGAGAGAUGCAGAGCGCCAUCUAGCGUACAGCGGUCUCGUCAUUUGCUUAGGGUUCGCUGUAUGUGUUCUCCCAACUUCCAUAAUCGGUGUCAUUCAGUCAAGCUUCGGCAUUCGAGUCUCAGCCACAAUUAAGUUCGGUGUUGCAGUUCUAUCUUGGAUACAUUGUAUUUUGAACCCGUUGUUGUACGGGUUCCUGAACCCGCAGUACCGGGUCGAGUUCCGGCGGAUGUUCCGUGACGUCACAUGUAGAGGGAGGAAACGUCACGUGGCAAGAUCUUUAAUCUCGGUAAACAAAUCCAGUAAAUCUUGGCACCCUGCUUCGUGGUGGGAGCGUCGUAGCAGCAGACAAAGUGACAUUUUAUAACAAAUAUUCGCUGCUUAAAGUUUUCGUUUCUUUUUGAUUUUUUAAUUAGGGUGUAAACUUUGUCAUCGUUCCUGCUUAUGUUGACAUUCCUUAUCGUUGAGAUUUGCGCCAAACUAUUUACUGUCAGUGUUUGUUUAACUAUUUUAUUGUUUAUUUAUUAUGUACCUAUUUAUUAAACUUACAGUAAUGAAAAGGUCAAUUUUAUUGUUAGACUCUUCGUGCUGGUUCUCUAUAAAUUCCCCUAAACUAGAAGAAAGUUUUCUAAAUAACGCGCGUUUUACCUUCUUCAAUUAAUAUCACAUAUCCAGUUCAAAAUAACUAUACAAGGUGGAAUACCAACAUACAAUUUAAUUAAUCGAACUACAAUAUAACAAUUUACUCACUGUUUUC